UUUAGUGAUACACACUACACUUUAUAUCCUAAUGUCAAGUGUGUGAAGAUCAAAACGACACCAGACACGAUCUGUUCAGUGAAACAUUUAGUCUCGACUCUGUGUGUAGAUUUUGUUCUGAUUUGUGAGACUCACAGAAACGUUAACGGUACCGAAGAACCGUGAUCUUCUCAUCAUCACGUCAUGAUGAUCUUCUCAUCAUCACGUCACCGCUCUGGACCUACAGACUCUUCUGAUUACCUCUUCAGUUAUACCUGCCCUACCCACACACACACACACACACACACACACACCCACGCACACACACGAUGGCUGCCCUGGACCUGCACUGUGGUGUUGAUCCUGGAGUGUGUGUGUGGAGCGGAGAGUGUGUAGACUCGCUCGACUCCUUCGACUCAGAGGUGCAGCUGUGGGAGGAGCAACUACAGGAAGUGCAGAGAAAGAUAGAAGAGUUAUAUAAGGUGGUAGAAGCACGCCGAGGAGCCACUGAGAUGAAUCCAAACUCCAACGCUCACCUAGACGUCACCUUACUUCCUGUCAGAAACACCAGCAGUUACAAUAACAACGGUUGCCGCGGUGGGAAUGUAAACAACGUCCCAGUGCAACACAAGACUUCUAAACCACCGAGUAAUCACACCAGUGACCCGUUAAGUUAUGGUGUUAAUUAUCACAGCAGUGGCUUUGCGGGUCCUCAGAGUUACACGGUUAAGGGUCAGGACGUGUUGGACAUCCUGGACGGAUACCUUGGGAUGGACAGCAGAGAGAAUCCACAUGGAGCUCCAAAUAUAAGCUCUGUCCAAACUCAGAGCGUUUACACUGAUCAGUGGCCUGUGACCAGCAGGACUGGCUGUGUGUCACUGGGUGAAUUUGAGGAAGUGGAGAACAGGAAGAAUAAAGUCUCGGUUUGGAACGAGCCACAAGUCCGACGUGUCAGCUGGAAAGACCAGAUCACUGAGAAAUCAGUCAGUAAACCGCCAAUCAAACAGAGAGACAGUCCCCAUGUCCCUAUUCGCCAUGUGAACUACUCUGACUCACCAAAGUGCCCCCUAGUGGACCGGAGGUGUGGCAGCCCAUCUGUCCUACGGAAAUUCGGUGCCAUGUUGCAGGAAAAUGAAGGGAAAACACUGAUUGAGGAUGGAAUUGUAACCACAUUGGUGCCCAAACUGGUGCCCAUGUCCCCGAAGCCGGGUGGAAGCCGAGGGUCCAGACACGUGACCGUCAAGGACACUGAAGCACCUGUAUCACUUCAGAACUGGGAACACAGAGGUGCAAAAGUAGGUGUGAAGACCUCUCAUUGGGGGACAGACAAUCUACAGACUGACUUCAAGAUGACAGAGAGGAUUCUGGGUAAUUGCUCCACACCAUCACCAAGGAACACACCAUCGCCACACCAGGCGAGCUGCGACUCGUCCCCCACUACGCCUCGGAGGAGUUUCUCUCGUCCGGCUCGUCCGGCCAAUCAGCGGCCUCCGACCAGGUGGGCAAGCCACGCCCCGCCGGCGACAAUAAGCCCACUUGUUAUUCCUAGAUCCCGCUCGCUCAGUCCUGCCUGUAAAUCCAAGCAUCGCUUCAAUAACUACAGUUUGUACACAGAAACUGUGAUCAUGUGAGCAGGACGGACGCAGUAAGAGUUUCACCUUUCACCUUUUUGACUGUUUUCAUCUUUUCUAUUUUUUUGUAGCUUUUCACACAAACUCAAAGGUGUAUUUUGUUGUAAAUAAAGACACAAAGAACCUGAACUGAAGAACAAAGAGCUGUGAUCUUCCCAAGAGAAUGUACUGUAACAGUGCUGAGGUAAAUACAGGAGGUUUGGAGUAGAAUACAGACUGAUGCUCUUCUGGGUCUUUAUUAUUCUGUUGUUUUCUAUCAUUUCAUAUUUGAGGUUGUUUUGUUCUUUUUCCUCUCCUCUUUUCUUCUUGUCACUCUGUUGGUGUUUGAGGGACUGUAAUGUGACUGUAAUAUACCGUAUUUUCACUGUAUUUUUACCGUAUUUUGGACAUUUUCUGUUCUAUAACCUGUACAGAUCCCCUGAAGGACAGCAUUACAAGGUGUUUUAAUAAACAAUAAUUCAGUUAUCCGGUGAAGAAUCUUCUGGCAUAACGGACGUGUUACUUUAGGGUAGAAAUGUUUAUUAUAUCUCAUGUAGCUUUUCAUGUCCUCUUGAAGUAUCUGAAUGUAAAACAUUUUACUUCACCCUGCGACUUCUUUACUGUUUCAUCCAUUUUUUUAUGUCAUUAAAGCUUUAAAUUAU